AUGCCGCUGCCCACCUCGUCCGUCUACCCUCCGCCCUCGGCCGACUUCUUCAAGUUCGCCUCGCGCCGGAGCGUUGUCCAUAGCACUGAGGGCAUCGUCGCCUGUUCGCAGCCCCUCGCCGCCAAGUGCGGUAUUGAGAUCCUUCAUGCUGGUGGAAAUGCCGCGGUAGCCGCUGGCCUGAAUAUCACAGAGCCUGUUUCCACUGGCAUCGGCGGCGACGUGUUCCUCCUCUACUGGGAUGCCAAGAAGCAGACCGUCCAGGCGAUGAACGGCUCCGGCAGGUCUGGGGCCAAGUGCACGCUGGACACCAUCCGCAAGGACCUCGGCAUCAAGGAAGGCCAGACGGGCAAGAUCCCCAGCACCAGUGUCCAUGCGGCGACCGUUCCUGGCGCCGCUGCUGGCUGGUACGACGCGCAUGAGAAGUUUGGGAGCGGGAAGCUUACCCUGGCUCAGGUGUUGGCUCCUGCGAUCAAGCUCGGAGAGGAAGGCUUCCCGGUUUCUGAAGUGGCCAGUUUCUCGUGGGGCAGACAAGAAGAUCUGCUACGAAAGGCGUCGCCCAACUUCGCCGAGAUGCUCAAGCGUAACCCUCAAGCACCAGAUGGCUACGCGGCACCAAAGCCCGGUGAGAUCAUGAAGAACCCUACCCUAGCAAAGACCUUCCGAACCCUCGCAGAGGAAGGCAAGGAGGGCUUCUAUACUGGCCGCAUCGCCGAAGAGCUCGUCAAGGUCGUGCAAGAUCUCGGCGGCCAUCUCGAGCUCGAUGACCUCAAGCACCACCUCGAAAAGAGCAGCGAGCCCGUCGAGCCAAUCUCCGUCAAGUUCAGCGGCCAGGGACUCUCCGACGAACGGGGCGUCGAGCUCUGGGAGCACCCGCCCAACGGCCAGGGCAUCGUCGCCCUCAUGGCCCUCGGCAUCAUCCAGGAGCUCGAGAAGCAGGGCAAGAUCCCCGCCUUCAAGCCCGAGGACUUCAACACGGCGCCCUACCUCCACGCCGUCAUCGAGGCGCUCCGGCUCGGCUUCACAGACGCCAGCUGGUACGUCACCGACCCCAACGUCCAAAAGGUCCCCUCCAAGGAGCUCAUCUCCCCCGCCUACCUCGCUGAGAGGGCCAAGCUCUUCUCACCCACGCGGGCGUCCGACCCCGUCGAGCACGGCACCCCCACGGACUUCACCUCCCCCGCGCUCCAGAGCUCCGACACCGUCUACUUCGCCGUCACCGACGCCGAGGGCAACGCCGCCUCCUUCAUCAACUCCAACUACGGCGGCUUCGGCACCGCCAUCAUCCCCAAAGGCUGCGGCUUCACCCUCCAGAACCGCGGGUCCAACUUCUCCCUCGACGCGGCGCACCCCAACCGGCUGGAGCCGCGCAAGCGGCCCUACCACACCAUCAUCCCGGGCAUGGCGACCAACCUGGCCGACGGGUCGCUGCACUCGACGUUUGGCGUCAUGGGCGGGUUCAUGCAGCCACAGGGCCACGUGCAGGUGCUGCUGGGCCAGGUGGUGGCCGGCCUGAGCCCGCAGCAGGCGCUGGACGCGCCGAGGAUCUGCAUCGGCGCCGGGAUGCCCGAUGCCGGUGACGUGCUGGACUGGACGGUGAACGUGGAGGAGGGCAUCUCGGAGGAGGCGGUGGAGGGGCUGAGGAAGCUGGGACACAAGGUCAAGGUGGUCAAGGGGGUUGGCAGGGAGCUGUUCGGGCGGGGGCAGAUCAUCAGGUGGACCGUGGACGAGGCGGAGGGCAAGGGGGUUUGGUCUGCUGGCAGUGACAUGAGGGCCGAUGGAGGAGCAUACCCAGCUUAG